AUGGAUUCAAUGCAAUUUAAUUAUAAUAUGGAUGAAAGUAAACCAAUAUUUACUACUGCGAGUGAUAGUCAUGCAACAACAACAACGGAGAGUUUCGCGCCGUCAGAUAACAGACCCGGCAUCAAUUGUCAGGAUAGCGCAUUUUCUCCACUGGCUGCUCCGUUCCAGAGCAGAGUUGGGAACGAACUGCUAUCACUAAUGACUCAACAGGAACCAAGAGCGGCUGACACAGCGCCUUCAGCCGCAGAAUUAGAUGAUGUCUUGAUGAAUCUACGUUUAAGCGGCUCGGAAUUGUUGUUUGAUGAUGUCGAUCAUAACCCACAAAAUUAUUUUCUCGGAGGAAGGGCAGAUCCGAUAACGAAUUCUCAUCCAAAUAUCUGGUCAGAAGGGUCUGGUCCAGCUACCAGGAACGGAGAAAUGAUUGAUACUUUCGACUUCUUGAUAAAAAGCUUGUCGUCGGCUAAUAACUACGUGUCGAUGCUUACACGUGAACAGUUGUCUGUCCUGCGUUCGAUUCGCCCCAGUCUUCUUUACGAAUUUCUACAGGAGGUGGCCAAAGUGCGAAGCGAUAAAAGAAUGAGGAGAGCUCUACCAAAUGAAUGUGCUUUCUGCAAAAACAACGGCGAGAACGAGGAGAGUUACUCAUCGCAUGCUCUGAAGGACUGGCGCGGGCGCGUGCUGUGCCCCGUACUUCGUGCUUUCCGCUGCCCGCGCUGCGGUGCCACCGGCGACCGCGCGCACACCAUCAAGUACUGUCCGGAGAACUCGGAGCCAGGUCUGGAGCGUUCGGGAAGCCUACUCUCUCGCCGCCGCAUGCCGUCAGCAGGCUCGCUGGUGAUAGGCGCGGGCAGUCGUAGCUGCGGCGCGCCGGCCACCCCUGCUCCCUCGCCCUCGCCCAACACACUCGGCCACUCUUCUCUGUGGUCUAGCUUCGGCAUGAACUAG